GUUCGCUCUCCUUAUUCCUUAGUAAUUUCCAGGAAACAAGAAGGAAAGUCAGAAUGUUGAUUAUUAAUAGUCGUUGGGUAAUUUUUUGGAGGACAGUGGACACAUUCCAGGAAUUUAUAUCUGCAAUUCCUGUUUCAAACGUGUGGAUUCUAGGCCUAGGGGGGCGGCCCCUUCUCCUCAAACUUACCGACAUGGCUAUUUUCUUGACUUGGUUUGGGAUAGCAACGGCCGUGAUGAGUGGGGCAAAUUUAUUUUUAUUUAAGAAGCUAUGCGGAUAAACGGAGUACUUAUUAGCUAUACAUUUUCUUUGGAACCAUCUUUUCAGAGCCAUUAUUUUCCAUCUUCAUGAGAGGAAGAGGACUUCAUUUUCAUUUUCACCUAUGGCUUGCGCUUCUGUUUGCACUGAUUACUGCUAGUUUUGGCAUCAGUGUAAAAAAUCAGAGUGUGAGGUGCAUUGCAGCAGAGAGACGAGCUCUCCUUGAUUUCAAGAAAGGUCUUAUUGGUUACGACAAUAGCCUAAACCUCCUAGUUUCAUGGACAAGCAAAGAAGAAGAGUGUUGCAAAUGGAAAGGUGUCGGCUGCGACAACACGACCGGCCAUGUUGUCAUGCUGGACCUCCGUCCCAGAAUCACUUACGGUAUCUUUGGUGGCAGUUGGACGGCAAUUUCAGGUGUGAUUGGCACUUCCUUGCUUGAGUUAAAGCACUUGAGUCACUUGGACCUCUCUUUAAAUUGCUUCUACCAGAUCCCAGACUUCAUUGGUUCACUUUCUGACCUCACAUACCUCAAUCUCUCAUCAAAUCCUCUUACGGGCUUCAUUCCUCUCCAGCUUGGGAACCUUUCCAGGCUAGUUUAUCUUGAUCUCAGUACCGAUGAUAUUAAUCAAUCUUUGAUAUCCGACAACCUUGAAUGGCUUUCCCAUCUUUCUUCUUUGCAAUUGCUGAAAAUCAGUUGCACCAAUUUUACAAAAGCUACAAACUGGCUACAGGUUAUUCAAUCUCAUCCUUCCCUCUCAGUUAUACACUUUGGAUAUUGUGACUUUGCGGAGGUUGAUCCUUCAUCUCUUGUCCAUUUUAAUUCCUCAAACUCUUUAUCUGUUCUUCACCUGAUUUGGUCUUCUAGUUUGCAUCCUUCGACUUUUCCUCUGUUGCUGAAUAUAAGUCGAAACUUGGUUGAACUCGAUCUCCAUCAUAAUCAAUUAUCGAGUUUGAUUCCGGAUUCUUUUGACAACAUGCCAGCUCUGGAGCGAAUUAAUUUCGAGCUUAAUAGUCUCGAAGGUGGAAUACCAAAGUCAUUGGGGAAUCUCUGCCAUUUAAAAGAAUUAAACUUAAGGGAUAACAAGCUCAGUGGACCUCUCACCUUUGCUGUGAAGAACUUGAGUGGAUGUGCCAAUGAUUCUCUGGAGGUUUUGAAGUUGGAUUUUAACCAUUUCAAUGGAUCCUUGCCCAGCUUCGUACCAUUUUCAUCUUUGAGAGAAUUAGAUGUUGGAUCUAACCAAUUGAGCGGGCAUUUCGAAGACAACUUUGGAGACUUUUCAAAGCUCAAUGUUUUGAAUUUAGAUGAAAAUGGAUUCACUGGGCCAUUGCCUGAUCUUUUAAGAUUGUCAUCUUUGAGAGAAUUAUAUCUUAGAGGAAACCGAUUCGAGGGUCUCCUUCCUGUCAACAUCGGCAAAUUGUCUCAACUGGUGCUCUUGGAUGUUUCCGACAACUCUUUGCAUGAUGUCAUUUCCGAAGCCCACCUAUUUAAUCUUACCAAAUUACGGUAUCUUUCGAUAUCCUUUAAUGCUUUGUCUUUCAAUCUUAGCUCUAAUUGGACACCUCCGUUUCAACUUGAUUUUAUUGAAAUGAGUUCCUGCAAGCUUGGACCCCAAUUUCCUAGUUGGCUUAGAAAUCAAACAAAUUUCUACCAUCUAGAUAUCUCUCAUUCCAACAUUUCAGACAACAUCCCAUACUGGUUUUGGAAUCUGCCUUCGAGGCUAAUGUUUUUGGACCUUUCCUUCAACCAAAUCAGCGGGAGAGUUCCAAACCUGCCUUUAAAAUUUGAUCGUAUCUCUUUGAUAGAUUUGAGUUCAAAUCUUUUUCAUGGUCCCAUACCUCAAUUUUUGUCUAAGUCGACAACGUUAGAUCUAUCCAACAACAUGUUCAAUGGAUCGUUGUCAUUUUUAUGCACAAAUAAGGAUAGUGGUUUGUCUUAUCUUGACCUCUCUAACAAUUUGUUGUCGGGAGGCAUUCCAGAUUGUUGGAUCAAAAGUCGGAGAUUAACCAUAAUCAAUUUGGAGAACAAUAAUUUGUCAGGGGUAAUCCCUACUUCAUUGGGCUCAGUAGAGACUCUGCAAUCAUUGCGUUUAAGGAACACGAGUUUGCAUGGUGAAAUCCCUCAAUCCUUGAAAAGUUGUACUAAAUUGAAACUUUUGGAUCUGGGGGAAAAUAAAUUAACUGGAAUCAUUCCACCAUGGAUAGGAGAAAGACUUGAGAACUUGAUUGUUCUACGUUUACGAUCAAAUAAGUUUCACGGUGACAUACCUUCAAGUCUAUGUCACCAACAGUUUCUUCAAGUAUUGGAUCUUUCUCUCAACAAUAUAUCAGGAACCAUUCCAUCGUGCCUCAACAAUUUGACUACCAUGGCUCACCUUGGGAGCUCAGCAGCAACGAUCGAGUUCUCGUAUUAUUAUAAUGAUGUCUAUGACAUAGAGGACAGUACUACUGCUUUCUUUGCUCGUACCUUGAAUGGUCAUCUAUUAGUUAUAUGGAAAGGUGUGGAACAAGAAUAUGGGAAAACCCUUGGAUUAUUGAGAGCCAUUGACUUGUCGUGCAACAAAUUAAGUGGGGAAAUCCCUCGAGAAAUAGCAAGUCUACAUGGGUUAAUUACUUUGAAUCUAUCAAGAAAUAUGUUGAAAGGAAGCAUAAUUAAAGAGAUUGGUCAAUUGAAGGCAUUGGAAUCACUCGAUUUGUCAACAAACAAUCUGUCUGGUGUAAUUCCGGAGAGCAUGUCUGAUAUAUCCUUUCUCAGUGUUUUGGACUUAUCAAACAACAAUCUGUCUGGAAAAAUUCCCUUAAGCACUCAAUUGCAAAGUUUCAAUGCUACUUGUUUUGCAGGGAAUUCGAGAUUGUGCGGAGACCCGUUGAACAAAUGUCUUGGAGAUGAGUCACCAAAACUACCUAACAAUGGUGGUACUGAAAUUAUCGCUGAAAGUGAUGAAGAAUUAUUUGAGCCUUUGUGGUUCGUUACUGGAACGAUAGCUGGAUUUCUUGUUGGAUUUUGGGGAGUUUUCGGUUCCUUAUUGAUUAGCAGGUCUUGGAGACAUAAAUACUUUCAGUUGGUGAAUAAACUGGGAGAUUGGAUCAGAUUGACAAUGGCAUUGGAGACGGUCAAAUUGCAACGCAGACUUCGAUUGAAGGACUAAGAUUUCUUUCUCUCAAUACAACUACUCUUUUAAGACGCAACAGGUUCGAUCAUUGCGUUGGUGGAAACAAGAAGGAAAGCCAUAAUAUUGAUAGAACUGUGGGUGAAGCAGCCAAAUUUGACAGCAAAAUUGAAACAAUUAAACGUUGAUGGGUCUUUUGUGCUGGGCCUCAUGUAGAUAUAUAACCAUUGAUUCAAAGCUCCAAUUUUCCAACCAAUGUAAAUCACAUCCACAACUCCCAUUUGAACCCGUUGUCCUCAAAAGACUUAAAAGAGUUGUCUCGUUGCUUGACUUACUUUAGGCAUAGCGAUGGCACUGAGGCGAUUUUUCUUAAUUUAAACAUAGUAUCCGUUAGAUUCUUACCUAGUUUCCUACCAUUUUCUGUUUGAGAUAAUUAUACGUUGAAUAUAUUCAAUAGACUGAACCGAUCUGAUGGGCCUUUUACGGUCAGUAUUUGAAAAAUAUCUCAACUUGU